AUGGCAGAUGGGGCACCACCACCGCCGCCUCCCCCGCUCUUCAGGAGCGCCUCGGCUGGCGGCAUCCCGGUCUUCCGAGGCUGUGAUCUUGUGAUCAAGAGUCGGUCAGACCUAAACUUCGAUGGACUCACACCAGCUCCUGACCGUGUUUGGUAUGGUCGCACCACGUUGGAGAUUGGAGCACAGGAGUGGUCUGUCGACAAGUUCCUGAAUUACGGGGCGGAAGGGCAGACUUACCUGGUUACGAGGACUGCAACCGGGGAGAAAUUCGCAGCUAAGUUCUGCAACAAGUUCGACUCCAUGGAAGUAAAGCUGGUGCAAGAACUUCCACGCCAGCUUGUCAUCCACGACAACUUCAUCAAGUAUGAGAUGAUCGUCUUAGACGUGCAUGAGAUUCUCUCGCCAGCUCACCACAUAAUAUUCAUGGAGCACAUUCCAAACGGUGAGCUCUUCGAUGUUUUGGCUUCGCCGGAACCUUCUGUUGCUGGAAAGCCUUUAAGUGAGGGCACUUCCAGACGGAUUUUGCAUGACGUCAUCAGUGGUAUGGCUGAAUGCUACAGAUAUGGAGUGACUCAUCGAGAUCUGAAGCCAGAAAACCUGCUUAUCAAUGAGCAAGGCCGUAUUGUCAUCAUAGACAUGGGCCACGCAAAGCGAGUGAGAGAAACAGGAUCACCGAGCCCGCCCUCCGCGCUGACACUUGCACGGGCUACCACAACGAAUCCAUACGGGACACCAGCUUUCAAUGCACCAGAGGUUUCGGGAGGCCGUGCUUACGACUGUGAAUGGUCUGACGUUUGGAGUGUGGGAGUCAUCGCCUUCUACUUGCAUGGGAAGCUUCCAGCCUUCAGCUCCGGAGGUGGGGUUGCAAGCUGGGAUGACGUCUCAGGAACAAGCAAUGAGGACCUAUGGCGAAAAAUCGUCAGUUGUGGAUAUUACCCGCAGUUUCCCGAGGAGUUGAGAUUCUUCAUCAAUGCUUUGUGGCGGAUUGAUCCUUCGGAAAGGCCGAGGUUUAACCAGUUGGAAAAGGCAAUCACUGGUGACACAGAGACCCUUAACCAGUUUCCCGGACUGCACUGGCUGGCUCGUCCGGUCAACGAUGCCGCGGACUUCAUCGACGAGCUUUCCCGUAGUUGUCCCAACAACUCCUUUCAUCUGUCAGGCGGGCCAGUGAAGCGAUGGUAG